ACGACACCGUUUCCAUCAGAUCUCUCCUCUCUCGAGUUUUCAUCCCCCUCCACACACAGACACACGCAGUCUUGAAAAUCAUCAAAACCAAAUCCAUCCCCUCUCUCUCUCUCUCUCUCUCUCUCACUCAAAACCACCAUGGCUAAACACUCUCUCUCCAUCCUCUCUCUCCUCCUUCUCCUCCUCCCCCCCUCUCUCUCCUCCCCAAACCCCAACCCCAACUCCCAACCCCCGCUCACCGCCCACGCCGAGCUCACCAGCCACGGCUUCCCCAUCGGCCUCCUCCCCACCAACGUCCAGGCCUAUACCCUCAACGCCACCACGGGAGACUUCGCCGUCCACCUCGGCGACAACUGCAGGGUCACCCUCCCCCCCGACAACUACCUCGCCACCUACUCCAAGCGCAUCACGGGCAAGAUCGUCGAAGGCCGCAUCGCCGAGAUCAGCGGGAUUAGGGUUAGGGCCUUCUUCCAGUGGUGGUCGAUAACGGGGAUUCGAUUGAACGGCGACGAUCUGGUUUUUGAGGUCGGGGUGGUGACGGCCAAGUACCCGUCGAAUAAUUUCGACGAGAGUCCUGAGUGCGAGGGGAAGCGAUCGGCCUCGUGAGAUACUCCUAUUUCGUUGGCUGCUUCCAUGGAGCAGAUGUGGAAUAACUUUAAGUUAAGACACGAAGAAGUACUAAGCAAGUUCAUUGAAUUGGUAGGAAUUUAUGUUAUUAACUAGAGGAUAUGAUCAAAUGCCUGAAGAAAUUUUUUCUGUUCUUGUAUGUUGUAUAAAUAUGCUUCUCUGUUUCCAAUACUGGUGUUGCUUUCUCUUUGUAUUGAUUUAAUUACUACUAGCGGAUCAAAAAAAAAAAAAUUACUACUA